CCGUGCUGUAGGGAGCUGUAGUCCGGGCUGCGGGCGGCUCCCCGUGCUGUAGGGAGCUGUAGUCCCUGCAGCCGCCGCCUACAGCUCCCGGCGGGCCGUGCCCUCGCUGCGGCUGGGACGGGCGGAGAUGGCGACGGCGCGGCUGAGCGGCACCGAGAACCGUCUGGUGUCGCUGCCCCUGUCGCGGAUCCGCGUCAUCAUGAAGAGCUCCCCGGAGGUCUCCAGCAUCAACCAGGACGCGCUGUUCCUCACCGCCAAGGCCACGGAGCUUUUUGUUCAGUAUUUGGCUACAUACUCCUACAAACACGGCAGAGGGAAGGAGAAGAACGCUCUGACGUACACUGACUUGUCUCAUACAGCAGAAGAGUGUGAGACCUUUCAGUUCCUUGCAGAUAUCUUGCCAAAGAAGAUCCUAGCUAGCAAAUACCUAAAAAUGCUUGAAAAAGAGAAGCGAGAUGGAGAAGUGAGGGAAGACAAUGAUGAGGCUGAGGAGGAAGAGGAUGAAGACAAAGCUGUUGGUGACAGUGUUGGAUCUUAAGGCCAAUGGAGAAUUGUUUCAUAGUCGAUCCAUUUUUCUAUUGUAUAAAGGAUGUUAUUUUUAUGACUGAGAAUCCAGAUGCUGGAUGUAUUUUUACACUGAGCCAUCUGCUUUUGCUUUAAGAAGUUUAGAAAUUGAACUUUGUACUCGUUGGAGAAUGGAAUUCUUCCCUCAGAAACACAGUGGGGUAGGAAGAGACAGUGCAAACCUGACAGCAGAGCUUGGUCAGAUGAUUUGAAAUGACUUUGUCAGACAAUCAUUACCCAAAUUUAAAAUUUCUUACAGGUAGCUUUCAGUUCAAAAGCUCCAAAAGUGGACCAAGUCCAUUAAAAAGUUGUCUGUAAAAGCAGUCAUGUGGGGACCCAAAUGGGAGAGGGGAUCCAUGCCAAGAGCUAAUGGUGGUUCUGUAGCUGUGGUGGUAAAUGGGGUAGAAAAUUAUGUAAAUAUGUGCAUCCAGAACCCUUUUCUUGAAUGAACUCCACUUCUGCAGUUUCUCUUGCCAAAAUGCACAUUGAAGUCUGUUAAUUGUGGGUUCUUGAAAAAGAACAGCUCCUUUACCAUGUGAGUGACAGAGAUGGAUUUUUUAUUUGGUUUUGGUUUGCUUUUCUUUUUUUGCUACAGAAAUGGCAACCAUCCUGUGUAGAACUUUGCAUGCAACUUUUUAAAAUAAAUGAUUUGUAUGAAAACUUGACAAUGGAUGCAGAAACCUCCUGUAGUUCUUUCUAGUUUCAGUCACACACGUGCUCAGUGUGGCAAUGUCUGAGAGAGAGAAGUGACCAAGAUCUGUCCCCAGGGGUGAAAAAUGCCCCAGGUAAGCCAGGGAAUGUUAACAGGUAAUAAAAACCUCCCACUCCAAAAAAGCUGGGCAGCAGAUUGGCAAGGAAUUUGUCUCAAGCAAUAUGGAGGGCAUGGUUAAGUUACCAGAACUGAACAGCUGAACAAUUUCUCUUGGAUUGAAAACACAACCACACUCAACUUCUCUUAAAACAUAGCAGGGAGCUCCAGCAUCUCCACAAUCCAGCACAUUCCAUAUUCUAAGAAAGCCAAGUGGAGCUUAGGCAGGUAGGGUCAGGGACUGGCAGAGCUACUGAGCCACACCAGAAAUGCUCCUGAUGUUUUAACAGAUCAGAGGAUGCUGCACUUUAAGAAAUUUUCCUGAAGUUGCCAUAAAUGAAAAUCAUAUUGUGCCAGGAAUGCUGCAGUGAAUGCUGAGUAGAGCUGGAUCCCUGGGGAAAUUCCCAAGUGGGUAAAGGCAGAACUAAACCAUUGUUCCAAGAGUUGGUUUGUGCUUUUUUGUUUUGUUUUGUUUUGUUUUUUCGUUUGGGUUUUUUUUUAAUAUUAUUAAAAGUGCAUGGAGAUGGGUGGAAAA